CAGGGGGAUUUUGGCUGGAGAGCCUGUUUAUGUUACAAGCACUCCCUAGUCCAAUGAUGUGGGAGGAGAAGAGGAGAAGGGUGCUGGUGAGGAGAUGAGAAACCCCUCCCUCUCUCUCAAGCUCGCCUUCACCUUCUCCUUCGCCUUCUCCUACUCCUUAACCCUCUCUUCCUCCUUCUCUCCCUCUCUACCAUCUCUCCCCAAACUCUCCUCCCCUCUCUCCCUCAAAUCCUCCUCCUCUGCUUCCCCUUCUUCUCCCUCUCCUUCCCAACAGCUCGCCGCCGAUCUCCUCGCCCUCCUCGGGAGCAAACGAGAUGCCGCAAGGAUCCCUGCCGGCGAGGCCCGAGAGUUCCGGUCCUGCCUCCGAUUCCUCGUACCCUUCGACCCUCCUUCGGAACCCUCUAGGCUCCACCAGAUUCCUUCACAGAGGGACCUCCUCGCCGGAUGCGUAGGCGACACUACGGAGUUUGAUGAGAUGGUAUGGUGGCCGCCGGCUCCGGUAAUGGAGCUCGCCCGCCUCGCUGUGGAUUCCGGCGGUGAUCCAGGCGCGAUCCACCGGACCUUGGAUCCCUCGGUUUUGCCGGUGCCGGAUGUUGAGGGACUGAAGAAGGAUAAGUGUCAGCUCACAAGAACUCCAUAUGGGAGGCGCUUUGUUAAUGAGGAGUUGAACUCGUACUUUGCUUUCUUAUUUGAACUAAUCGUUGCACGGGCACCUUUGGUGGGCUUGAAUGUCUCACUUAGUCGAUAUGACUUGUUUCAUGGGCAUCUUUUCCUCGCAUCUGAAUCUGGGAGGCUUGGCAUUCUGUUCCAUGCCAAAGAAUAUCCAGCAUAUGAUAAGAAAUCAUUUCCUUAUAAUCUGGGCCAUUGUCAGACAGGAUCUGAUGUGGUGUAUGAUGAUUCUAUGAACCUGAGGAAUAUCCUUUGGCUGGCACCAUUGCCAAGUAAUGCCACAAAGGCUUGGGUGGCGCCAGGAGUCCUUGUGGUCCUGGAUGCUGAUCCUGAAGGAAUUAUAUAUAAGAAACUAGUGCCAGAAUAUGUGGACUUUGUGAGAACAAUUUAUGAAGAUGAUUUCGGAGAGGUUGUGGCUGAUGUCAAUUACUUAAAUAUGGGAAAUGUAGUUCCUGGGGACAGGAUUUUCAUUUGCUAGCAUUCUUCUGGAGCAACCAUCUUUCUGAAAAUUGCUAUGUUGGAACUAUCAUGCUUUUUCAUUUUUUUUCCUAUCAGUUCGGCUUAUUUAACUGGUAAAUUUUAUGCAUUAAGUUCCACCUUGGGAUCUUUUGUUGUCAAAUUAUUUUACAUUCGCUGUUGAGUUCGUUCUUGUAAACAGCAAAUGGUUGUAAUUGCUGAGAUAGUAACUUUUGCUGGAAACACUCAAACAACAAAUUAACAGUAAACAGUUUGAGCUUACUGUAUGAUGAAUGAGGCGCUUGUUUCCA